UGAUAUACGCAGUGAUGCCGGAGGUCGAUCCAGAGCAAUCGAUGAUUUAUCACCGACUCGUAACGAAUUGCCACCACAAUUCUUUCCUGUACAUGACGUGUCUCCACCCAGUGUGGAGGUCAGCAAACCACCCUCUGCCGAUACGGACCCAGAUGAUUUAGAUGCCAUCGAACAGGAUUAUGAAAUACUUAUAUCGGAAUGUAGCAGCAGUUAUGCCAGUAGUCAUCACGAUGAUGGUGGCGAUCGGCGUAAAUCCAACUCGGAUGAAUACAUUUCACUCAUUGGGAAUUCGAAAUUUUACACACCAUGCCAGACAUGUGUGGGUUCGGCACCAAGCGAUAUGGCCGCCCGCCCUUUGGCCAUAAAUGAAAUGUGUCGUCGGUUGUGUACCGAAGAGUGUCGUUUGCGUUUAAGUCUAGCCGGUCUGGUACCCACUUCCGAUGCCAUUGCCAAGAACCAAGAGGCUUUGGAAAAUUAUGUACAACAUGCCAUAUUGGAGAAACCACCCAAACUGCCACCUAGACCGAAAAAAGAGGCGGAAAAUGUGGAGAAAGUCCCUGAGGUGCCCAAACGACCCAUGCCAGGGGCGAUUGCCAUACAACGGAAACAAUUCCUUAAUAAUAUCCUGGCACGCAAGGGUGAUGAGUCGUUCAGCAGUAGCGACAAUGAAGAGGGAGCCGCAACAUUGGAUCGACCACCCAAACAGUUAUUGGAUAUUGUUGCCAACAUCGUGGUGGCACCACCACCAACUCCAUCUGUUUCGCCCUUGCCCUUGCCACACCACGACCACAAUGUUUCCCAAGAACCAUCCACAUCUGAGGCAGCUGCUGCCCAUAAUAAUGACGCUCUCAUUGAUCCACAUGAAAUGGCCAUGCUCAAGGAUUUUCGUGAGAAAUUCGAAAUAGCGGAAGCUCUUGCAAAGACCUCGGCAAUGACCUCUACGUCGCAAAUUAAACAACGUCUGGCCGCUCGAAAACGGGAAAUUGAAUUGGAGAACGCUAAUGCCAUCUUGUCUGGCGAUGCUGAACAUGAGUCGGAGCUUGAAAACGCCAACAGUGGUGAUACAAUUUGCGAACCUGCAUCUACCGGUUUUGGUGGAGGCAAACAGUCGUCGUCGUCACAACAAAUCAAUAGCCGGCAGCAAGGUGCGCCCGCCAACAAUGAUGCCGUUACACCAGCUUUACGUUCAAAACAAGCGAAUGCCAACAACAAACUGACUCAGAGACAGGCAGACACUGGGUCUGCUGCUGCUGUUGCUGACUAUCACGAAGACUAUGAGCCUCCACGCGAAUUGCUGUUGUACCUUGUAAGAAUGGGCUCAUUCAACUCGGCGCCCAAAAUCAAUAAUGUCGAUUCACAGGACGAUGGUCUAGAUAUACCAAAAGGUCUCACCACAUCGGAGUUGUUGCAACAUGUUAAGCACUUGCGUGGCCUCAAUCAACCGCCUCUCUUGAGCCGUUACUUCCUGAAGCCCGUGUCUUCAAUUAUCUCGUCAGAUCUAACAGAUGGACUGCGUUGUUUGAAAUUGAAUUCGGUAUCCCGUGUCUGCAGUGCCCCAAUUUCGGAUCCAAAUCAUAUACGUCUGUUGCAAUGGAAUCUUUUGUCACAAACCCUUGGCCAAAAUAAUGAUGGUUUUGUUCGCUGUCCCGUAGAGGCUCUGACAUGGGAAAAUCGCAAAUACCUUAUAGUACAAGAAAUUUUACAACACAAUCCGGAUAUUCUAUGUUUACAGGAAGUCGAUCAUUUCAAAUUCCUUCAAACCAUUUUGGGCACCCAAAACUACGAGGGCAUUUUCUUCCCCAAACCUGAUUCGCCAUGUUUGUACAUCGAAGAGAACAACGGCCCCGAUGGUUGUGCGAUUUUCUUCAAACGCGAUAAAUUCGAAUUGCGCAACUUCGAUACUCGCAUCCUGGAAGUUUGGCGAGUUCAGAGCAAUCAGGUUGCCAUUGCUGUCAAUUUGAUUGUCAAGCAGACGGGUCGUGAGCUGUGUGUGUGUACGACCCAUUUAAAGGCUCGUCAUGGUUCGUUGCUUUCGAAAUUGCGCAACGAACAGGGUCGUGAUUUGAUACGAUUCGUAAAACAAUUUGCCGGCGAUCGGGCCGUAAUAUUGUGCGGUGAUUUUAAUGCCGAACCCACAGAACCGGUCUAUUCGACCAUCUUGAAUUGUGAAUUUAUGAAAUUGGCCAGUGCCUAUGCUGAGAUGCGUGCGGAGAGUGAUGAAUGCAACAAUGAGAGUACAAAGGAUAAGCAGGCCCUGAUAAACGGCUGCGAUAAAGUGCAGAAAUCCAUACAAAACGAACCACCCUAUACAACGUGGAAGAUACGCGAAGAUGGCGAGGAGUGUCACACCAUUGAUUAUGUCUUCUAUACCAAGGAUCAUUUGAAGGUUAAAAACUGUUUGGAAUUCCCCCAGGGCGAUGAAAUCGGCCUGAAUCGCACACCCAGCUUCCAAUAUCCCUCAGAUCAUUUCUCUUUGAUAUGUGAUUUUGAAGUUUUGGACUCAUCAAAUGAAUCAUCAUCACAGCAAUCGCAACCGCAGCAGCAACAGCCGCAGGAAAAAAAUAAAACGCAGUGAACCAUCCCCAGAUCUUAAGUUUUUUUUUAAAUUUUUUUCAAUUUCUAAACUAACGAAGUUUUCCACGAAAGCAAUACCACUUUUUUUACAUCAUCGUAAAUGUAAACACGGAUUCUACUUAAUUAACUAAUUAGACCCAUUGUAGUAGACCCAUCCUAGCAUAUACACCCCCAUAUAAACCGAUUCACUCUUACAAAUUGUGAUAUUAGCUCUUAGACAACAAAGAAAGAAAGAAAGAACGACAAAAAACAAAAAAGAAAACGGAAAAUGCCGAAGUGUGAAAAUACUUACAAUUACAUGCAUGCACAUUCAUGCAUACACACAUACUAUACAAAUACCAAUACUAAAAAUAAUAAUAAUAAAAAUAGUAAUAAUGAUUGUAGUUAUGUAGAUUUCUUUGAUUUCUUUUUUAUUACAAACAACAACAGCAACAAAUACAUAAUUAAUAAAAAUAUUUUAGUUGUAAAAAACAAUAAA